CGGCCCCCACGGAGCUCAUUCCAGGAAGAACGUUCGCUCCGCCGCUGCUCAACGCCUUCGAUGCUACAACGCAGCUAAUCAAAAACCCGUUAAAUCCUAAGGUCUCGUUUGAAAACCACGUUUUCUAUGUAGCCAACGGUUCUCCGGGACCAACCAGCCGUCUAUCCCGGUUUGAGACCCCCGAACAUGGACUGGACAGUGAGCAGUCGGGCCCUGGUGUGGUGCAUUUUAGUGCUGCUGGGCUGCGCUGGGCUCCCACAAAAGGGCUUUUGCAGCACAGUUUCCCUGACUGAAAGCCUGCUCUUUGUGUCCACCUUGGAUGGAAACCUGCACGCUGUUAGCAAGAAGUCCGGCUCUAUCAAAUGGACUUUGAAAGAAGAUCCGGUUCUUCAGGUUCCCACGCAUGUAGCAGAGCCGGCUUUCCUGCCCGACCCCAACGAUGGCAGCCUGUACGCUCUGGGAGGGAAGAACAACGAAGGCCUCACAAAGUUACCAUUCACCAUCCCUGAGUUGGUCCAAGCGUCUCCCUGUCGCAGUUCUGAUGGCAUCCUGUACACGGGUAAGAAGCAGGACUUGUGGUACGUGGUGGACCUGUUGACCGGCGAGAAGAAGCAGACUCUGACCUCGUCUCAUGCCGAGAUGCGCUGUCCCGCCUCGUCUCUUCUUUAUCUGGGACGCACAGAAUACACCAUCACCAUGUACGACACCAAGAACAGAGAGCUGCGCUGGAACGCCACCUACUCAGACUACGCCUCCACCCUUCCUGAUGAGGACACCAAAUACAAAAUGGCUCACUUUGUGUCCAACGGCGACGGCCUGGUGGUGACGGUGGACAGCGAGUCCGGAGACGUCCAGUGGGUCCAGAACUACAACUCCCCGGUGGUGGCCAUGUACAUCUGGCAGCGCGAGGGCCUCCGCAAAGUUCCUCACACUAACGUGGCCGUGGAAACCCUGCGUUACCUCACUUUCAUGUCUGGAGAGGUUGGCCGCAUCACUCAGUGGAAAUACCCAUUUCCUAAGGAGAAGAAGCCCAAGAAUAAAUUCAUGGCCACCUUGUAUGUGGGUAAAUACUCCACCAGUCUGUAUGCGUCUCCCUCGCUGGUGCACGAUGGAGUGACUGUGGUGCCUCGUGGCAGCACCUUCCCCAUGCUGGAGGGUCCUGACAGCCAGGAGACGGACGAGGACAAGGAGUGUGUCAUCACACCCAGCACCAGCGUCAAGUUCAACGCUGCGCUGCACGAGAGAAACCGGAUCAACUUCAUGAGGAACUACCUGCUUCUCAUAGGUCAUCACGAGACGCCUCCUGAAGCUCACACCAAGAUUCUGGAGAAGUUCCCCGACAGCUUCCCUCGCAACCCAGGCAACGUCAUCCCACCGACGACUGACAAGAAAGUAGAGGAGAAGGCCAAUGACAGCGGUAUGGAUGACGGCCCACCUUCACCUCUGCCGGACACGUCCAUCCAAGAACCCGGGACCGGCGGGCGCAUUGUGCGUCCAGAGGCACCUGUGGACUCGAUGCUCAAAGACAUGGCCACCAUCAUCUUCUCCACCUUCCUGCUGGCUGGCUGGGUGGCCUUUGUGAUCACCUACCCCAAAAGCGUGCACAAGCAGCAGCAGCUGCAGCACCAGGAGUUCCAGAGACAGAUGGAGGAGCGGUUGGAGCUGCUCCAGAGGCAGCAGCCCUUCCCCCCGGCCGAUGUGGGUUUGGCUCCAGACAGCGACUACCUGGAGGUGGCCCACAUUCGCUCCGAGUGCUCGGACCACAGCAGCCCCAACGUCACCCCCCGAGCCUCCAACCACUCCAACCUGUCCGUGUCCGAGGUGGGAAGCUCAGCCAACGAGCACGAAGAUGGAGAGGACGACUCAGCUAUAGUCAGAGUGGGCAACAUAACGUUCCAUCCCAAAGAGGUCCUGGGCCACGGUGCCGAGGGGACUAUUGUGUACAAGGGUCAGUUUGACAACCGUCCGGUGGCGGUGAAGAGAAUCCUCCCAGAGUGCUUCAGCUUUGCAGACAGAGAAGUUCAGCUGCUGAGGGAGUCCGACGAGCACCCCAACGUCAUCCGCUACUUCUGCACCGAGCGGGACCGGCAGUUCCAGUACAUCGCCAUCGAGCUGUGCGCUGCUUCGCUCCAGGAGUAUGUGGAGAGAAAAGAUUUCAACCGUCACGGACUCGAGCCGGUCAUGCUUCUUCAGCAAACCAUGUCAGGACUGGCCCACCUGCACUCCCUCAACAUCGUUCACAGAGACCUGAAGCCCCACAACAUCCUGGUGUCCAUGCCCAACGCACAUGGUCGGGUCCGGGCCAUGAUUUCGGACUUCGGCUUGUGUAAGAAGCUGGCGGUGGGUCGCCACAGCUUCAGCAGAAGGUCUGGGGUGCCGGGCACCGAGGGCUGGAUCGCACCAGAGGUUCUCAGUGAGGACUGCAAGGACAACCCGACCUGUGCAGUCGAUAUCUUCUCUGCCGGCUGCGUCUUCUACUACGUGGUGUCCCAGGGAAGCCACCCUUUUGGGAAAUCUCUGCAGAGGCAGGCGAGCAUCUUACUGGGCACCUACAGCCUCGACUACCUGCAAAGUGACAAACAUGGGGACAUCGUAGCCAGAGACCUCAUAGAGCAGAUGUUGAGCAUGGAUCCCCACGGCAGGCCUGCAGCCGAAAGUGUCCUCAAACACCCUUUCUUCUGGAGCCUGGAGAAGGAGCUGCAGUUCUUCCAGGAUGUGAGUGACAGGAUAGAAAAGGAACCGCUGGAUGGACCAAUCGUGAGGCAGCUGGAGAGAGGAGGGAGGGCUGUUGUCAAGGGUGACUGGAGAGAGCACAUCACCGUACCGCUGCAGACGGAUCUGCGGAAGUUUCGCUCCUAUAAGGGUGGCUCGGUCCGAGACCUGCUGCGUGCGAUGAGGAACAAGAAACACCAUUACCGAGAGCUGCCCGCCGAGGUGCAGGACACUCUGGGCUCCAUCCCCGACGACUUCGUCUGCUACUUCACUUCCCGUUUCCCCCACCUGCUGAUGCACACCUACCUGGCCAUGCGGACCUGUGCGCCAGAGAGGCCCUUCCUGCCUUACUACUCCACUGCAGAGCAGCAUGCAAAGACUCAGGCCCAGUACGCACAACACGGGCCGCAGAGACGGACUGAGCCCUGCACUCUGCCAACGCACACGUCACUACCUUCCUCACAACCCCCAGAACCGACACAUCCGUCAGCGCCUGUGCAGGUCUGUCAACCAGUGCCCUCGGCGCCGGAUGAGCCUGAAUCGUCACACUUUCCGACGUUGCAGCCAGCAGAACCAGCACCGUCCACACAGACUAGUUUGCACAGUCAGACGGAGACGUUGGCCUCAGAAUCGCCUGCAGUUUCUCAGCCUGAGACGUCCACGCUCACGGAUCCUCCCACGCUGGACACUGAGCCACAGUGAGCCGGACCAGAGUCGGGAGGAUCCGGCACAGACGGGAGCGUCGCCUUAAAGAGUGUAAACCGAGACGGGUUGUGCUGCUGCUCUCUGAGCUGGUGAGGACGGGCCUGCAGUGCCCGCGAUCCGCUGCCAGACGCAGCAGCUGCAGCCUGAUCUAAGUGCCUUCUGCUGACCCCAACACAAGUCUGUCUCUGCUGAGAGGAAGUCAGAACACCAACCAGGGCUGUUGGGUGUUUUCUUGUAGCUGGACUGAGCAAAGAGAAUUUUAAAAACUUUUAUUACAGCAUGUCCAAAAUGGUGUUUGUCCCAAAACGAUGUGGUGUCCGCUGAACGUGUCCAGAUGUGGUGGAACACGUUCUUGUGCAAUGUUGUUGCUCCCAGUGAGCCUGUUCACUGCACACAUACGGUUUGUAUAUUUUUGUAAAGACGGAUUCAGAGUUUGGAUCAUCGAUGAGAAAUCACUUCAUGUGGCCGCCGUGCCUUUUUUUUGUUUUAAACCUCACUGUGCUGUAUGUGUACAGAUCUUUACAUCGACUAUGCUAAACGUGCUUGAUUCCAGUUAAUGCUGCUACACUGCUUCUCUUUUGUCAAUCAAGACUGUUGUGGUAGGAGUGGACUGUUCCAAAGGGAGUUCAGGGCGGAAGACGGGAGCUAAUUUAAACGAGUGUAUGUAGUCGGAUAUGAGCGUAGAAGUCAGGACCCUGAGAUGCUCCUGCCUCAUAACUUUUCAAAGCAAAGUGAAUGACUUGCAAAUUAAAUUCUAUUUUUGUUUUUAUACUAAUAUUUUGCUUGUUGGUUGAUCUUACUGCAUCUCAGGAGACGUUUUAACUUCAGUCUGGUUCUAGAAGAGACCCGACAGAUCUUGUUGGUUGCAGGUGUUGAGCUGCCGUUACCGUGGGACAGAAGAGCAGCCAUCAGUGUGUGAAUCACGUAUUUAUUUACCUGAAACCAGACGCGUGUCCGGAUGUAAACCAGUGAACACAGAUGAAAUAAAAAGCUUUUUUAUUCAUACAGUAA